AUGGCCUUGCAAAGAUCGGCGGACAAGUUGACGUCCCACGUCCUGCUGAAGCGAGUCCGGCCUAUCCAAGGAAAGCUUGGGGAUGCGGAUCCGGCCGCACUCGCCGCGGAGGUGGUUGCGCAAGUCAUAGAGAAGUCGGAGGAGUCGUUUGAGAAGCUAUGCCAGCGGAUCCGGGUAAACGAGAAGUUUCUCGCGUUGGAGAGGGCAAGAGAGGAGCACCUGGAGUUGCAGCAGCGGCGGGCUGAUCAGCUCAGACGACAGCAAAACGACAACCUCAGCGAUCUGAUCGGGGAAACUACCCCGCUGCCCGGGGGCCGGGAUCCCGCGGAGCUCGUCCGAGAGUCUACGAUGACCCUCAAGCGGGCGGAGAGCGCGCGGCUGCUGGUGCUGGCAGAGGAGGCGGAGAGAUCGGCGGACGCGGAGGCGGCCAAGGUGGCGGCGGUGGCUGCCGAGCUGGAGGAGUGGCUGGGGCGGGUGGCUGGGACGAAACAAGCGCUCGCAGAAGCCUGCAGCUCCUUGCGUUGA